AUGGCUGUUGGCUGAAUGAGCCCUGUGCAAACACGGCGAACAGAGCAGCGGAAGAAGACGGCGUCCUCUGUUGUUGGGAGCUCUGGCGGUGGCGGAUGCCGUGAGGCACGCAGGCGCUGCAAACAGCACCUGGGGGACUCAUAUAAACGUCGGCCGGGAGACGGACUGUGGUUGACACUGCGCCUCGAAGACGCCAUGCUCCGCCACUCGAUCGCUGCCUUCUUGCUGGUGGCUGCGUGCUCUGGCAACCUGUAUCCCAGGUUCGAGAAGGUGGUCCGAGACCCGUUGGUAUUCGACCUGCUGUACAGUACCACAUCUGGUGCUCAUAAUGAAUCUUGGUACUUCGAUGCUCCAGUCAACGUGACCUCUUUCAUCAUCCCAACUCAGAUGACUUGGUCCUCAGGUCCAGAGGCGAACGGAACGUACGUGGAGGACGUGGAACUGCUCAUCUACGAGGUGUAUGACCGUUCGGAGACUUACCUGGUUGGCAACGGUUCAUACUCUGGGACGGUCAGCAUGGGUAAAACGCUCCACAUACCCGUGAUGAAUAUCACGACUGGAGGCGAGCUAUACGUUAGACAGUACCUCACCAGUCUGGGAUACAACUACAUCCUCAGCUUCCACUUCAAGACGACCGGAAUGUAUCCCUGGUAUAUGACGCGUACAUUUUCCUCGUAUUCCCCUGUGAGUUCUUACACUGACGUAGAGGGUUUAGCUAUUGGACUAACUUUCAGCAAUGCCUAGAACUACAUUGGUUCGGUGAACAGUGUUCGGUUCCAAUUUUUUUCCAUCCUCAUACCGCUUCAGUGUCGGCUAAACAGAAGAACACGGGCAAAAUUAAAAAUAUUCCUGUACAAGAAUGGGAAAAUUUUUGCUAAUAUGUAUAUUUUCGGUGUCAUAAUUUAAACUUUCGAGCAGUCAGCACAUUUAGAACUUAAGAUGUAUUUGUAAUUCCUAUCAGAAACAUUAGUUUAAAAAUUAAAAGCAGGAAAGGUGGAAGUACAAGUUGCGGGAAUAGAACUGUUCUACACAUGUAGCACUUAUAAAAUGAAUUACAUGUUACAAAACACAGCAUUACAGUUCGACUAGUUUAGCCCAGAAAUGGCCGAAGUCGACAUUACGUGCUAAAAUGUGCAAGGGGAUGGGGAUGGGGUGAUUGGCCGUGGUCGGGACAGGAGUAUUUGUAGGGUUGUCUGGAUCUUACCACUAUUGCCGUAUGUUACGUGUUUUUUGUCAAUAGCGUCGUGAUAGUACUCAAAAACUGUAACUGCCACAAAGAAGUGGCACAAAUUAACAAUUAGUGACGAUCUGAAACAGAUGCUGUGAACACUGCAUACAAUUCAAUAUUUUGCUUAACUGUCAUCCUGAGUCAUCAACUCGUCUCGAGUUUUAAUAUACAUACCUUCCACAUUUCACUCCUACACUCCUACGCGAGGUGAUGUGACAAGUAGACACAGCUGGAAUCUGAAGUGCGUUUCCAUAGCACUACUCACCUUCUUCGUAUACCGAACUGUGACCGAUGAGUGAAGACUGAGAGGCGUAUGUGUAACGGUUAUAAUUCAUUUCCUUUACUGGAAGCCGUCUUAUUCGUCGACAAAACAUACUUGACUUUUGUACCUGCUAAGGUACACUAAGCUCUCAUGUCACUGCUAUAUGCGUAAAAUAACCACGGCUUUCAAAUAAACUUGAGAUUCAUAUAAUAGUUUUCUAGUACUUGUUUUCAUACCAUGAUUGCACAAUAAAGCUGUUAAUUUAUGAAGUGUAUUUUGCGUGUAUCUGCCAGCAUUUACUGAGAUUAAUGCGUGUAUGAAAAUUUCUGUGAGAAGCAAAUAAAGUUAUAUUGUAACAACAA